AGAAAGUAGUAGUUGCUGCUCAGCUCCUGAAACCUUUUCUCCCGACCUUCCUCACACUGGCUAACUCUUGUUUCUUUCGACCGGGACCGGUAUUCAAUAGUGACGGAAUUUUCUGGCUAUCCAACUAUAAAGUUAAAAUGUCAGUAGUUGAAAAGCAAUGUUCAACUGAGACACAAGCCGAAAUGCAGGAACAGCUGCAAAAUUGCAAUUUGCCACCCAAUAGGCAAUUUCAGAGGCCCACGACGAGGGUACUAACAAAGAGAGAACGAUUAGCAGAAGCAAAGCGCUUAGAAGCAUGGAGUAAAAAUUUGAAACUCUCUAAACAGGACAUUAAUCUUUACAGGAAUUCGCACAAACACAACAUCUGUUUAGACAUGCUUCGACAGGGUUAUCAUAAGUCCUUUUCAGAACUCACUACUCUGAUCCUGAACUGGAAUGCUGUAAGGGAGGCUGCAGGACCUGGGUCAGACAUAUGGAUGGAGGAACCUCUGGACAAGCAACAUGAUAAGCUGGAUCAUCUUCAGUAUUUUCUGAUCAGGGCGGAGGCAGCUCAAAGAGCAGGGAAGUUUGAGGAAGUCUAUAAUAACCAACUUUCACUGGCAUGUUACUUUAAAACAGUUGGGGACAAGCUGCUUUCUGAUCAUUUCUUCCAAUCAUGCCUCACUACUGCUGAAAUGCUCACCCCAGCGGGGCAUCAGAAAGUGGCUGAAGCACAUGCUAACAUGGGCACGGCCUAUGAAGAGAAAGGUCAACUGGAUAAAGCUGCUGAACAUUAUGAGAUAUUCCAUCAACUCACUGUGGGAAAGACAUGGCAUGAUGAAAAUGGUUGCUGCCACUUUGCACAGGCCUGUGCAAACCUCUGGAGGAUUUACACAUUGCUAGCAGAUGAACAGCUUGAAAGUGAACAAUAUAAAGAGGCAAACAAAAGUCUGAGAAAAGCUUAUGAUAUAGCAAAAGAAGGGGGCGAUAAGAAGAUGGAAUUAGCAGCUCUGUAUCGUGUGGCUUUGGGGUACCUUAGUGCUGGAGAGCCAGACACAGCUAUUGGCUUCUUGCAAAUUUAUUUGGAGCUUUCAAAUUCCAUGGAUGAUGACAUUAGUUUAGGCAAAACCUAUGAAGCUCUCGCUAAGGCUUUGAUAAGGUAA